CUCACGCGCAUGCGUAGUACCAGGUGUCUCCCACAUGCUCCGCCCCCGUUUGAACUGCGCGUCCCUUUGAUCAUGGCUUCUCCGGACAGUACUCUCUACCUGGGCAUCGACGUCAGCACGCAGCAGCUGAAGGCCGUGGUCAUAGAUGGAGAUCUGCGUGUGGUUCAUCGAAGCGCCGUGCAGUUUGACUCCGAGCUGCCAGAGUUUAGGACUGAGGGAGGGGUACACAUCCACGCCGACCGGCUGACGGUCACCUCACCUGUGCUAAUGUGGGUCAAGGCUUUGGACCUGCUGCUGGACAAAAUGAAGGGGGCGGGCCUUGACUUCUCUCGUGUUGCAGCGCUGUCUGGCAGCGGUCAGCAACAUGGCAGUGUGUUCUGGAAGAAGGGAGCCUCUGAGACCCUGAAGCAGCUCCAGCCCGACCAGAGCCUCCACCAGCUGCUGCAGGACAGCUUCUCUGUGCGGGACAGUCCCGUCUGGAUGGACUCCAGCAGUACUCAGCAGUGUCAGGACCUGCAGGCUGCAGCAGGGGGCGCCCUCAGACUGGCAGAGAUCACUGGCUCCAGAGCCUACGAGCGCUUCACUGGAAACCAAAUUGCCAAAGUCUGCGCGAGUCAACCGAACGCCUUUCAGGACACGGAGAGGAUCUCACUGGUCAGCAGCUUUGCGGCAUCGCUCUUUCUUGGGGGUUACGCGGCCAUUGACCACAGUGAUGGUUGUGGGAUGAAUCUGUUGGACAUCCGGAGUAAAAAAUGGUCUGAGGUCUGUCUGAGAGCCACCGCCCCUCAUCUGGACCGACUUCUGGGGGAGCCUCGGCCCUCGACGGCUGUAUUGGGUCCAGUCUCUCCUUAUUAUGUACAUCGAUAUGGUUUCAGUGAAAGCUGCAGGGUGGUAGCUUUUACCGGAGACAACCCAGCAUCUCUGGCAGGGAUGAGGCUCCAGCAGGGCGACGUAGCUGUGAGUCUGGGAACCAGUGACACCGUGUUCCUGUGGCUCCAGGAGCCCCGCCCAGCCCUGGAGGGCCACAUCCUGUGCAGCCCGGUGGACUCGCAGGCCUACAUGGCUCUGCUGUGCUUCAAGAACGGUUCUCUGACCCGGGAACGGAUCAGGAACGAGUGUGCUGGAGGAUCAUGGGAAACCUUUUCUGCUGCUCUGAAAGAGACCCCCCUCGGAAAUCAUGGAAACAUCGGCUUUUAUUUUGACACCAUGGAGAUCACACCUGCAGCAGUGGGCGUUUAUCGCUUUGACUCGGACGACUCUGAGGUGUCCUCUUGGAGCCCCCAGGUGGAGGUGCGGGCUCUGGUGGAGGGUCAGUUUCUGUCCAGGAGGCUUCACGCUGAGAAGCUGGGAUAUUCCAUCAUUCCAGGAACCAGAGUUCUGGCAACAGGAGGAGCUUCAUCCAACAGGGAGAUUCUGCAGGUUCUGUCUGACGUCUUCAACGCGCCGGUUUACAGCAUUGACCUUUCCGACUCCGCUUGCCUGGGAUCUGCCUACAGAGCUCUGCACGGCCUCCUAGCAGAGUCUGGAGUGUCCUUCUCUGACGCAGUGGAGAAAGCUCCAGAGCCGCAGCUGGUGGUGAGACCUCACCCCACAGCCAAACAGGUUUACGAUCACAUGUUGAAGCGUUUCGCCCGUCUGGAGGACCAUGUCCUGAAGAAGAGCCUCGCCGUGCUGCAGCGGACCAAUCAGAGCUGAGAACCAAGCGACUCUGUGCACCCACCUGUCUGUAAACACCAGCUCCUCCAUGAGGAAUCCACAGAAGCUACAAUGAGAUGUGUUCCACUUUUCCUGAUCAAAACAUUCCAGUUUUCACUUGAACACAUCAUGAGGUUUUUUAAGUAAAACAGUGUUAAUUUGACAGGAAGUUACAAACAAACGUCUUUAAAAGGGAACAUAGCUUCUACAGAACAAUGAUUUGUAACAUUUUCCUAAAGAAGUUUAUUUAUAACAUAAAUUGAAAUAAAUAUAAUCAUGUUUCAAAAUGAAACUUGUAAUGGAGAACAGCAGAAUCAAUCAUCUUAUUCUGUUCUCUUCUUCAGGUGCGAUGAUUUCACUGUUUCACUUUUUGUAAUUGUAUCUAUUUUCAAUAAAUACGAUGAUGAUGCAAUGAAAA